AGUGACGGUCUCUGAUAACAGCCUAUUGAGCUCGUUCUCUACUCUAUUAAUAUACCAAUAUCUUCUUGGCAAAAAACCGCGCAUUAAUAUUUUAAAUAUAAUCUUUAUAAUAUUUGCAAAUAAAAAAAUGGAUCGAGUGAUCGCCUAUAGCGAGCAGGAAAAUCCACAGAUUAUCGAUUUCGAGAGUAUUGAUUUUUAUGUAGACAUGGUUUUUGGAGAAUGAUAGAAAAUAAAAGUGGCGAUUUUAUAAAAAUAACAGUUCCUCGAAGAACACAACUUUGUACCAUAUUUUGACACUGUUGAAGAUGACUUCUGGGUGGCUGCAGGCGAUAAGGAAAAAAAAAGUAAAAAUGAAUACAUUAUUAUUUAAAACGUGCUAUAUAACGCAGCAAUAACGAUAUCAGAUCGUUGACAGUCGUUUCUCCCUCGCGCUAUUUAACGAUCAUUACGUGUCUAAUAUACGUCGUGCAACUCAUUUGAAAUAAUUUUAAAAGCCCAGCGUACUGAAAUUUAAUUGAAAAAUCCACAAAGUUGAAUGUACGUACUGGUUAAAUAUUUGCGUGAGAUGACACUAAAUAUUCGCGGGAGUAUAACACCUAGAGUCUCGAUUUCUCGCCUCGCAGCCGCUCGUCUAUAUGUUUUGGUAUAUUUAUUCUUCUACCGAUUUAAAUUCUAUGUGAGUGAGGAAACACAAUAUUGAUCUGGAGCAAAGUGUACAUUUGCGUGUCUGUUAGUAUUGACAGAAAAGCGAUUAUUCUCGAACGUCUUACACAUCAGAUUGUAACAUUAAUUAAUCUAUUCAAAAUUAAAUAUCUAUAAUAACCAUCCAACGUCAAAUAGUUUUAAAUAUAAAGUUUCAUCAGUAUCAGAGCAUUUGACAAAAGAAAAAAAAUGCCGGGAAGAUUAAUGACAGAAGAGUAUUUCCGUAAAAAAAGUACUGCAGUUUAUAUUAUACAUUUAGUAGAUUAUUUAAAUAAAAAUGAAAUUACAGAAGAAAAUUUAGAUAAUAAAGAUAUUUUGAAGGAUAUAAUACUCAAAGGAAUGGGAAAGAAAAUAUCCCUUACGACAGAAGAUAUUAAUGCCUUGAAAGAAACUCUUUGUUUUUUUAAAAUUGAUGAAUUGAAGAAAACUAAUCUAUAUCGAAUAAAUCGUGGUAUAUUGGCCGUCGCUUGUGUUGAACAUGUCUUAUACCCCGGAAAAGACCAUAGAAAACAUAGAACAAUAUAUAACUGCUGGAAUUCUCUGGCAGCCAAUCUGUAUAAAAAACUGCGUGAACAUUGUGGUUUCACAACAGAAGAAGAACUCGACCCUGUUAUAGUUAAAUCAACCAGAUCUUUUUUUAAAAGCGGCUUGUUUUUUAAUGAAAAGACAUCUCUAGAAACAGUUCGAUCUUAUUUGAAAACUGUUGACAUUAAUGUAGAAGAAAAGCACUACAUAAUAAAUGCGUCGAUUCAAUUUAUAAAUAAUAAUAAAACUUUUAAAACUGUUAACAUUGUUCCAUUGCAAAUAAAUAUUAUGAAUCGAGAAUAUUUUCAAAAAAAACCUAUGGCAGAUGCUAUUAUUAAUUUGGUGAAUUAUUUAGAGAACAAAGAAGUAAAAGAAGAAGAUUUAGAGAACGAAAGAAUUUUAAUAGAUAUACUACGCGAGGGAAUGAAAAAAUUCGUCAACAGACGACCUUUAAAAUUACAAUUAAAAGAGUUUAAAAAAGCGAUUCUUAAUUAUAAAAUUGAAUACUUGACAGUAACUAAUCUUUAUCGAAUAAAUCGUGGGAUAUUAACUGUCGUAUGCGUUGAAUAUGUUCUUUUUCCUGGACAAGAUUAUGAAGAGUAUAGAAAGAUUUAUGACGGCAGUUUCUCUAAGGCCACCGCAUUAUAUAAAGAACUCUGUGGUAUUCCUAAAGAAAAUAAAGUCAAUCAAGCCUUAGCUAAAUCGGCUAGAUCUUUUUUUCAGUGUAAAAAAAGAAAUCUGGAAACGAUUCGUUUAUAUUUACAAAAUAUCGAUAUUGAUUCUGAGGAGAUCGAAUAUAUAAAAAAUGCGUCGAUUCAAUUGAUAGGUAAUAAAGCUAUUGAAGCUAAUCAACUGAUGGAUAAUAAAGAUGAACUAUCAACCAACAUGAUCGAUCUUAUCGAAGAUCAUCCAAUAAAUGUGACCACCGAUGACGAGGAAACCCUUCCACCGAUCCCAGAUAUGCCAUUGGAACAUGUUGACCCUCCUUCAGUUGUACCAAUACCAGUAGACCAGGGAUUUCUUUCCCGUUACUCUCCCAAUGAGGUGGUGUUGGCAAAAAGGUUUAACUCGUAUUUCUGGCCAGCAAAAAUUAUUGAAGUCUAUAGUGAUAAAAUGUAUGUUACAUUUUUUCCUUUAUCAGAAGAAAUGGAGAACGAGGAAGUCUCAUCGAAAGAAGAUGUCAAAGCUUUUACGGACGAAGAAAUCGAAGCCGCUGGUGCCUCUCUAUGUCUAGGUUUAUCACAAGUUGCCUUUAAAAAUGCAGUGAAAUUUGCUUCUGCAGAAUUGAAUUGAAUACAUUCUCGUUCAUUUAUGCAUGCAAUAAAUCAUUUUAUGAUAAUUAUACUCCAGGAGGUCGGGGUUUUCAUCUCAAAAGAUUAUUGAUAAACUUAUAGCGACCCCAAAAGGUGACACUCCGACCACUUGAAGGUAAUUAUUUUUUUUACAUUCAAUUGGAGGCCUCAGUAGAAAAUCGAUUAUCGAAAUGAUCAUUCAAAUGUACACAUUAAAUAACUGCGUCCAUUUACAAAUACUCCAUGAAAAUUUUCAAAAAAUGUUAAUUUGUACAAUAAAACAAUUAGUACGUCAUGUUGUGUCACGUAGCUUUUGAUGCCACACUUUUGUGUCAUUCAUUUAAACUAUGUGCAAUGAAUUAUUAUUAAAAAUAUAAUAAAAUAAUUUACAACUAUUGCUACAUCAUUCACAAAGAGCACUCAUGUGCAAGCGUAGACAUGGCAAUUGCACCCACGAACAUACAAACAAUAAUUUCCUCAGCUUUCCCCGAAGUCAGAUUUUCGAAAUCUCCUCAACUUUCGAACUAUAUCACAAAAUCUUAAAAAUACAUUUUUUGAGAUAUAAUAUAUAAUGUUUAAAGUUCAUUUUUUAAAUUUUCCAGGGAAAA